AUGAGAGCAGAAGCAUUUCAGGUGCUUAGAAGAAAACCAGUACAGGGUUAUGAUAUUAGCUUCCUUAUAACAAAUUACCACUGUGAGGAUAUGCAGAAGCACAAGCUCAUUGAUUUUAUCGUACAAUUCAUGGAGUCUAAUUCCGAAACAAUUCCUUUCAAGAACACAUAUUUACAGUUGUUUAGUAGAGUUCAGAUAGUAAAUACUCAAUCGGUUUUCAUGUUGAUUACCUUCCUAAAGGCAGAAGGUAGUGGUUUGCGUUUAACGUGCGCUCUGCUGAUGAUGAAGGGGGUUGGAAAGCAUCUCUUGCAGCAGUUGCUGAAUUUAACAGGCUCAAGCAUUCUAUCGCUUCUCCUUAAACAUGGCGCUAGAGUGAGCCAAAAGAAUAAAUUAGGAUUGACUGCAUUUCAUACGGCUGCUGGUAAUGGUAACUCACAGGCACUUCAGAUCCUUCUACUGGAAGAUCCUGAUGGUAUCAAGUACAAGACAGAGAUGAAAGAAACGCCACUGUUUUUUGCAGUAAAGAAUGAACAUAUGGAUUGUGCAGAGAUUCUUUUGCGUUGGGGAGCAAAUAGUGAAGUUCUGAAUUUUCUUUAG